UGGUGACAACGGGUAAUUGCGCCUUUUACAAGAAAAGGCACGGCUGCCUGUAGUAGGACCGACGAUUGGCGUAAGUUGCUUUUAUCCCCUAAUGUUAUAAUCGGGUUUCCAAGCAUUUGCGGGACCGAUAAUGGUGCUUUUUUCCCGGUUCCUGUUUAUGCAGUGGCAGGUGUUUGGUUGAAGCCUCCCCUGCGCGUUUCGUGCAAGACAAGUGAAGUGGGGAAAAGCGGAAUGCAAAAAGCCAGCCAUCAGCACCAACCAUCAGCACCAGCAGGCUUUAUGCAGGGCUAGUUUUGCUGGACUGACUACUUCCAUAUAUUAACAGAAUGAAAUAAAACCCCGUUUUUAUGCGUUCGUGGCAAUUUACGCUGUUUUAUUUCCGGUGUUUACAUUUGUAUAAAUAGUUCACAUGUUAAAUAUUUAUUUCCUGUAAAUGCAGGGGAAUUAUUCAGCUGUCUCUUUCUCUCUGGUCCCAGCUCUCUAGGUGAAAGGGGGCGGAGAUUUGCGGAGAGAUUACCCGGAGAAACGCGCCCGCCUACCCGUGAACCUGUUGUCUGGCCAGCGGGGAGCCGUCCGUGCUGCUCCCAAAGUUCAGGAAACCUGUUAUGGUUGCACAUCUUUUCGUUUCGGAGGGGAUAUAAAGCCGGAUAAGAAAAUACAAACCAUUCCGGAAAAAAACAACAACAAAGUGAGCGAAACUGCGAAUGAUCGACGCUUUUUGCGAAAUCUGGCUCAAUUUAAACUUCUAAUGAAGCAGGGAAAACGUGGAAUAUAAGACAACUGAUCUGGGCUGAAGAAACUGACCACAAUGGGCUGUUUUCAGUGUUUCAUUGUAUAUGGUUUAUACCGAUAAGGGACCCAAAGCUAGUUUUCCGGUAGACUGUCCAUCACCGAAGACAUCGGAACAAGGAAGGAUUUGUAGGACGUAUCAGAUGCAUGCGGCUGGGCUGAAAUCGCCGCACUCCCCUAUGAAAUAGUGGAUUAAAUUUCAACGGGGAAUUAAAAUGAAGUGCCGCAAAGAAGACAGCAGCAUCGCGUCGGCCACCGAGCAGCACACACGGGAUGCUUUGCACCGCCACAGUGGUGGGAUCACGCAGGGCGAGUUAAACAGCCACCGGCACCGGGGCGUUUGCACAGCGCCCGGCGAAGGAGCUCCUGUGCCGGAAAGUGUCCGGCAUUCACGGUACGGUCCCGUGUCCCUCGGAAAAGCUCACGCAGACCAGAUCGAUGGCCGCUUACCGGGCGACAGAAAACAUGACCUGAAAGGUCGAUCCGAAGGUCCGUACAAAAUGAAUGAAGCCCAGAAAGCGAGGGAGCGCAAGGGACGCACUGAAGAUGAGCUUCACUGUGCCGAUCGCACUCGGCAAAGGGUUCGUGGGAAGAGCAGUAAUGACACUGUAGAGUGCGUCCUGGACCGCGAUGCUGCCUUUUGCAAAAUAAAUGUGGACGGCAUGCCGGGUGAGAAGAUCAAGAGCAUGGAAGUUACCCGUCUUGACCGAGACCGUGAGAUACCCGGAGAGAUCGCUCGGCGCCCCGGGAAGAGUCGCGUCCGGAUGGGCAGGGAAAAGUUUAGUGCGUGGAGUUGUUGGGCGCUCUUCUUUUUAAGUACCCACGUGUUGAAAGCCCUGGCCCAAGGUGACGUGGCCCCGUAUUUCAAGACUGAGCCAGGCCCCGCUCAGAUCCACCUGGAGGGCAACCGCUUGGUCCUGACCUGCUUGGCUGAGGGCAGCUGGCCCUUGGAGUUCAAGUGGAUGCUCAACGGCACGGACGUCACCCCCUUUUCCCCGGAGUACAAGUACACCAUCCAGUCCCUGCAGCGGGCCGAUGCCGGGUCCUACCAGUGCGUCGUCAGGAACAGGAUGGGGGCGCUACUGCAAAGGAGGGCAGAAGUGCAAGUGGCCUACAUGGGAAACUUCGUGGAGCAGGAGCAGAGGAAGUCGGUGGUGCAGGGCAAGGCCGCCGUGCUCAACCUCCCCGCCGUGCGCAGCUUCCCCCGGCCUCAGGUCACCUGGUUCCGGGAUGGCUAUAAGAUCAUCCCCAGUGAGAGAGUAGCAAUAACUCUGGACAAUCAACUCGUAGUCCUCUCCACAUCUGCGCCUGAUGCUGGAAGAUACUACGUCCAGGCAGUAAACGAAAGAAGUGGCGAAAACAAAACAAGUCCAUCCAUUUACCUGAGUAUAGCAAUAAAUAAGAAGAAUCGGGGACCUCUUGAUUCAGAUGCCCCUGCUGACACUGCGCCCCCAGUGAUUGUAGUCCCACCCAGGAACACCACAGUGGUAGCGGGUGCCAGUGAGGUGACACUGGAGUGCGUGGCCAAUGCGAGACCUGUCGAGAAACUGAGCAUCUCCUGGAAGCGGAACGGCUUGAAGCUGGUGAAUGGGGUGGGCACGUUCGGACGCAGGCUGACCAUCGCCAGCCCAAGCUCGGCGGACGCGGGGCUCUACGUGUGUGAAGCCACCCUGCUCAACAGCAGUAUGAGAGUUGCCGAAUCCCGGGCCUUCCUCUCCAUUGCAGAGGGCCCACACUUUGUCACAGAACCCGCAAGGAAGGUCGUCGGCGAAUUGGAGAAAAACGUCGACAUCCACUGUCAAGUGAGAGGAGUCCCCACACCCAAACUGGAGUGGUACAAGGACUCCGUGCCCCUGAGCAAGCUGAACAACCCUCGGUAUAAGGUGCUGGGAUCGGGCCUGCAGGUGCGGAAGCUGCAUCCCAACGACGCCGGCAUCUUCCAGUGCUUCGCCCGCAACUCCGCCGGAGAGACCCAGGCACACGCCAACCUCGUGGUCACAAGUAUAGCGCCUUCUUUCACAAAGGGCCCCGCCGACAUCAUGGUGACAGACGGGGCCGCUGCCGUGUUCAGCUGCGAGGUUUCCGGAGCUCCGAAACCUGCCGUCUCCUGGAGGAGAGGUGCUCAGGUUUUGGCCAGCGGCUCGGUUCGGAUCCCACGCUUCGCCCUGCUGGAGUCGGGGGGGCUGCAGAUCGAGCCUGUCUCCCUGCAGGACGCGGGGAACUACACCUGCCUCGCCGGCAACUCGGAGGGCGCCAUCAACGCCACCGCCUCUCUCACCGUCUGGAGUCGCACCUCCAUCUCCCAAGCCCCGGAGGACCAACGUGUCAUCAAGGGCACCACGGCUGUGCUGGACUGUGGAGCCACCAGUGAUCCACGAGUGUCCAUGAGAUAUGUGUGGAAGAAGGAUGGAGCUGUGGUCCGGCCGGCCGGCGGGGGCCGAGUCAGCUUUAAGGAGGGCUCUCUGCACAUCAGCCAGACCUGGUCAGGAGACAUUGGCGACUAUACCUGCACGGUCCUUUCGCAGGCUGGCAAUGAUUCCAAGUCGGCCCGUCUGGAGGUCAUAGAGCUCCCUCACUCCCCACGAAACCUGCAGGCUCACCUGAACGCCACGGACAGCCGGACCGUCGACCUGACGUGGGUGCGCCCCUUUGACGGGAACAGCCCACUGUUGCACUACAUCGUGGAGCUCUCUGAAAACAACUCUCCGUGGAAGAUUUACUUGCCCAAAGUGAAUCCGACGCUGACGCGGGUACUGGUGAGAGGUCUGACCCCUGCGCGCACCUACCAGUUCAGGGUGUGCGCCAUCAACCAGGUGGGGAGGGGGCAAUACAGCGCCGAGACCAACAGGCUAAUGCUACGAGAGGAGGCUCCAAGUGCCCCUCCCAAAAACAUUGUGGCCAGCGGCAGGACCAACCAAUCCAUAAUGGUGCAGUGGCAGCCCCCACCGGAACCCGAGCUGAAUGGAGUGCUCAGGGGGUACGUGCUCAGGUAUCGCCUUGCUGGCCUUCCUGGAGAAUAUCAGCAGAAGAACAUCACCAGCCCCGAGAUUAACUACUGCCUGAUUAGGGACCUCAUCAUCUGGACGCAGUAUGAGAUCCAGGUGGCGGCGUACACAGGCAGGGGCCUGGGCGUCUACAGCCAGCCAGUGACGGAGUACACGCUUCAGGGAGUGCCAACAGCGCCCCCCCAGGACGUCGAGGCCGAGGCUCUGAACUCCACCACUGUCAAGUUCACAUGGAAUCCUCCCCCCCAGCAGUUUAUUAAUGGAAUCAAUCAAGGCUAUAAGCUCUUGGCUUGGCCAGAACAGUCACCAGAAGUUGUUACUGUGGUGACGAUCACCCCAGACUUCCACGGCGCCCGUCACCUGGGCUACAUCACCGACCUGAAGAAGUUCACCCGGUACAUGACGUCGGUGCUUUGCUUUACCACCCCCGGGGACGGCCCCAGCAGCCCCCCCCAGCUGGUGCAGACGCACGAGGACAAGCCUGGUCCAGUUGGUCACCUGAGCUUCACAGAGAUUCUGGAUACCUCCCUGCGGGUCAGUUGGCAGGAGCCUGUGGACAGAAACGGUAUCAUUACAGGGUAUGUGGUAUCCUGGGAGGUGCCGGGGAAGAACUCGUCUCGGGAGACGCGCGGCCUGCAGAACAGCACGCACGAGUACAAGGUGACGGGCCUGACCUCGCUCACCACGUACACCCUGGAGGUGGCAGCCGUGACCAACGCCGGCACGGGCACCAUCACGUCCUCCACCAUCUCCUCAGGAGUUCCCCCAGAACUUCCUGGACCACCGUCGAACAUCGUUAUCUCCAACAUAAGCCCUCGUUCUGCCACUCUGAAGUUCCGAGCAGGCGACGAUGGGAAAACCUCUAUCUCCAAGUGGAUUGUUGAGGGCCAGGUGGGCAGCAUCGGUGAUGAUGAGGAGUGGAAGGUGCUCUAUGAGAAAGAGAACGAGCCAGAUGCCCAGGUGCUGGAGAUUCCCAACCUGGCUCCAUUCACUCAGUACAGAUUCCGCAUGCGGCAGGUGAAUAUCGUGGGCUCCAGCCCCGCCAGCCAGCCCUCCCGCAUCAUCCAGACCCUGCAGGCCCCCCCAGACGUGGCCCCCAGCAGCGUGACGGUGCGGACGGCCAGCGAGACCAGCCUGUGGCUGCGGUGGGUGCCUUUACCUGAUUCAGAGUACAAUGGUAACCCGGAGACGGUGGGGUACCGUGUGAAACUGUGGCGAGUCGACCAGCAGGGGGAGACGCGGAGCCAGGUGGUUAAUGACCGCUUGGAGAGGGAGCUCACCCUGGAGGGCCUGGAGGAAUGGGCCGAGUACUGGCUGCAGAUCCAGGCCUUCAACUCUAUCGGCCCCGGGCCCUGGAGCGAGCAAGUCAAGGGCCGAACGCGGGAGUCAGUGCCGUCCGGCGCCCCUGACAACGUGACGGCAGAGGCCAUGAGCUCCACGAGGAUCCUGGUCAACUGGGGGCCAGUUCCAGACAAGGAGAAGAACGGAUACGUACUGGGGUACAAGGUUCUGUACAAGGAGCAGGACUCGGGCGUGGAGCCGCAGGUUCUCGUGGUGAAGGGGAACCUGACACGCUCUGCUCUGCUCAGGAACCUGCGCAAGUUUGUCCUCUACGAGAUCCAGGUGCUGGCCUUCACCCGCAUUGGGGAUGGCAAGCCCAGCAGCCCCCCGGUGCUGGAGAGGUCCAAAGAUGAUGUUCCCGGCCCUCCCGUGAGGCUGGUCUUCCCAGAAGUGCGGCUGACGUCCGUGAGGGUGGUGUGGCAGCCUCCGACCGAGCCCAACGGCAUCAUCCUCGGUUACCAGAUAGCCUAUCGGCUGGAUGCCAGCGACCCCAACAAGUUCACCACGGUGGAGGUGGGCUCCACGGCCCGGCAGUUCACGGUGACGGGGCUGUCCCCCGAGUCCGCCUACAUCUUCCGGAUCUCCGCCAGGACUCAGCAGGGCUGGGGUCUGCCAGAGGAGGCUGUGGUCAUAACGACAGAGAGACGAGACCGGCCCCAGCCUCCGAAGGAGCUGAGCAUCCCGCAGAAGGAGGUGGACUCGCGCCGGCUGUUCCUGUGCUGGGUGCCAGGGGGCGACGGCUCAUCGCCCGUGCGCUACUUCACCCUGCAGAUACGCGAGCUGCCCGCCGGCGACUGGCGCACGCACUCCGCCGCCAUCGGCCACAACAGCACCUGCUGGGAGGUGGACCGGCUGAAGCCCUUCACGUCGUACCGGCUGAGGAUGAUGGCGACCAACGACGUGGGCGACAGCGCUUACAGCAAGGAGACGCACGCAGUCACAACGCUGCCAGACGUUCCUGACGAGCCACCUGUUAUUUUGGCCGUAAAGCCGUCCACUACGACCUCUGUUCUUGUCCAGUGGCAGCCGCCUAAGGCAGAGAGUGUGAAUGGGAUUCUGGUAGGAUACCGGCUCUACUACCGCGAGCUGCAGUAUGACACCAGUCCGCAGGAGUCCAAGGCAGCGGGAAACCAUUCCGCUUCCCGGGCGGAAAUCACAGCCAAAAGCACUUUCAAGACUGUAAGCAGUGCUUUGUUGACAGAAUUUGAGUUAACACAGCUCAGUAAGUACAAGCGGUAUGAGAUUGUGAUGACAACCUACAACGUCAUUGGGGAGAGCCCCCCCAGCGCCCCAGUGGAGGUGUUUGUGGGAGAAGCAGCUCCAUCGCUGGCCCCGCAGAACAUCCAAAUCAACGCUCUGUCCUCCACGCAGCUGGAGGUGGUGUGGGAGCCCCCCCCAGUGGAGACGCAGAACGGCAACAUCCAGGGCUACAAGAUCUAUUACUGGGAGAAGGAUAACCAGAACGAAACAGAGAAGGUGAAGGUCCUGUUUGUCCCCGAAACGGCCAUGAGGCUGAAGAACCUCACCAGCUACACCUCUUACGUGGUCAGGCUGUCAGCCUUCAACGCCGCGGGGGACGGCCCUCUGAGCGAGCCCAGAAGGGGCCGCACUCUUCAAGCGGCUCCAAGUGUUCCCAGCUUCAUCACCUUCUCCGAGGUCACCACUUCCACCCUCAAUGUCUCCUGGGGGGUCCCCCUGUCUCCUAAUGGCGUGGUGGAGGGAUACAGGGUCGUGUAUGAACCCUCGGCUCCCAUACACGGUGUGAGUAAGGUGGUGACCGUAGACAUCAAGGGCAACUGGCAGCGCUGGCUGAAGGUACGAGACCUGACCAAAGGUGUGACCUAUGGCUUCAGAGUGCAAGCCAAGACUAUCAGCUAUGGACCUGAGUUGGAGGCCAACAUCACCGCAGGACCAGUAGAAGGAUCUCCCAGCUCUCCCACGAAGAUGUCAAUCACAAAGUCUUCCUCCUCUCUGACGAUUCACUGGUCCCCAGGAGAUAAAGGGGCAGGGUCUAUCACAGGUUAUGUUAUUGAGGCACGUCCUUCAGACGAAGGCUUGUGGGAUACCUUUGUGAAGCACUUGUCCCCCAGCAGUACGUCUCACUCAGUCAGCCUGGAUCGCCUCAGGCAGGGGGUGAGCUACGAGUUCAGGGUAAUCGCAGUCAAUCACUAUGGCUACGGCGAGCCCAGCAUGCCCUCUGCUGCCCUGUCAGCCCAAUCGGAGACUCCUUUUUACGACGAGUGGUGGUUCCUCGUCGUCAUGGCGCUCUGUGGCCUCAUUCUAAUUCUGCUGCUGGUGUUCGGCCUGCUGCUCUACGGCCAGAACAGGAAGUACAAGAGCUGCAGUCCUGGAAAACAUAUCUCCACCGUGGAGGAGGCUGUCACACUUGAUAACGGAGGCUUCACCGCUCUCGAGCUGAACAACCGACAUCUGAACGCUAAGAGUUCCUUCCUGAAGAAGAAUGGGACAAGGUCCCCCCCACGGCCCAGCCCCGGAGGCCUGCAUUACUCCGAUGAGGACUUGUGCAACAACUACAACGGGGCCAUCCUGACGGAGAGCACCACCCUCACCGAGAAGCCCGCCGAGGUCUCGGAGUCAGAGGCCACGGACAGCGACUACGAGGACGAGCGUCCCAAGCACUCCUUCGUUAACCACUACAUGAGUGACCCCACCUACUACAACUCCUGGAAACGGCAGCAGAAGGGGCUGAAGCCAGCACCCGCCUACCCCUACGAGGAGUGCGCCAGCGGGGAUGGAGAGUCCUACUACCAGACGGUGGUGACCCAGCACAGCGUGGGGGGGGCCUACACGGCAGCGGGACAGCCCGCCCCCGGCUCUCGGACUCCCGUCACCGGCUUCUCCUCAUUCGUGUGACAAAGGACGGGCUCCUUCAGGUGUCCACAUACGGCCGUUAGCGGGAGGAGGAAGUCUCCCCUUCCUGUCUGUAAUUAUCCGUCAGUGCUGACACCUAACAGCUGUGAUUUGCAAAGAUCGCAUCUGGGGAAAAAAAAGAUUUACUGUUUGCACAAUAUUGUAACCCAGUGUACCUCUGCCCUGUGUAAGAGAAGCCCUCCAAUCCUGACAGCUCAGCUCUGCUCUGGGGAAAUGAAGGAAUGUUCCACGUAAACUAUUCAAUCUGUUCCGUUUGUCCAAAACAGAAUAGGAAACUCCUUGUGAAAGACGAUUCCUAGCGAGGCUGUUCCGGCAUAUCAGUUUUGUGGAUUCUUCAAACAAUACGUACCUUUCGUUUUUCCUUUGCUGCGUAAACAUAAGUUUACAGACUGGUUGCAAAAAUAGGCUCCUCGAGGUCCCAUCUUCCAGGUCUUCAUCAGAACAAGCCGGCGAACAGAUUCUUUUGGCCGUUUAUAUGUAGAAAACAAUAUUGUGAUUUAUGGAUGGUGUGUUAAUUCGAAGUAUCCUCUGACAAUGACAUUUACAAUCCUGUAAUCACAUGACUCUCAGUCACAUGAAUCAUUUUACCCACAAUUCACUGCUGAAGCUGAAAGCGAUAUUGCACUUGGUGGGCUGGAGGGGGAUUGCGGACAUGCCGAUGACUGAACUUCACCAAAACUGCAUUAAAAUAAAUAUGUACCAUGGGGCAGCAGGACAUAAGUUCCCGUCAUCUACGGUGGGGAGUGGUAGAGCAGAUCGAAAGGAUGUAAGUGACAACAAGUUAAAGGUGGUUAAAAAAACAACUGUCUGUCCUUGUCCCAAGUUCACCGUCUGUGUUACGUCAUACGCAAAUGGAAGGUCGGUCGAAUGCGACAUGUUUUGUGAACUGUUCUGCUUUUCAAUUCCCAUCAAUCUUGACAUAAGAGCCCCUACUGGUGUGAAAAGUCAUGUUCACUUGAAGAUUUGUUGCUCUGAUUCCUUUGUACGAAUGUAAUUUUAUUUGUUUAGUUUAAAGUAUGAUAAAACACCACCUUUGCACACACUGACUGCACUCGUAAGCCAUACAGAAUUUGCUUUAAAAAGAAGGUGCAUUUGCAAGUUUUUUUCUAGUUCUGUUCUUUUUUUACCUUUUACAAGCAAAAACAUAAACAUUGUUCCUUUGUUGCUUUUUUAGGUUAGCAAUAUGUACUGUAUAUGUGUAUUUUUAGGAUAAAUUUUGUACAGAUAAAAAUUUUUACUGUAGUGUUCUUGCCAAGGUGGUGUAGUUCUGUAGUGAUGCAUUACACCCAUCCAUUUUUGCAACGUGAUAGUAUAUGGAAAUCAAUAAAGAGAAUGAGUUUUAAAAUAAAAAAUAUGCCUGGUAAAAUGGAAA